UUUUUCUUCCAUGAACUCAUUCAUUCCGCAGCAUCCCCAUCGACAUUCACUUUUCCGACCAUGAGCGGACACGACAACAACAGCGACACCACCGCAACGAAGCUAUCGGACCUGAGUCUCGAUCCGAGUGCAAAGACCUUUGUAUCGCGUGCAGCAGCCGAGACCUCUGUACCCUCUGGGAUGCCUCAGCCCACCCAAGAAGACAAUACACGCGCUCCAUCUAUCGCGCCCUCAGAUAUCGACUUCAACGCCUCUCCUCCUACAGCUGUCGUGAACAAGACUUCGGUGAAGACUUCUAGCACAGCUCCAUCACACGUCUUGGCGCCAACUCCUGUCACUACCCCCGCAACGGCGCCUCCAGCACCAAGGUCCAUCACGCCGGCAUCAAAGUCUGCCUCGCCUAUGCCAUCCAAGAAAGCGGCUGCUACGGCGGCUGCGGACAAUGGAACGGAGGAAGACACAGUGGACCAGGAGACGUUGACAGAGUUCUUUGGAAAGGAGCAUAUCAAUGUUUUAUUCAUUGGGCAUGUCGAUGCAGGAAAGUCGACGAUGGGAGGCCGUAUCCUAGAGGCGACAGGGAUGAUCGACAAGAGAACGCUGGAGAAAAUUGAAAGGGAGGCCAGGGAGGCGGGGCGCGAAUCCUGGUACUUGUCGUGGGCACUGGACACGAAUGUUGAGGAGCGUGCAAAAGGCAAGACUGUCGAAGUCGGGCGCGCCUAUUUUGAGACAGAUACUCGUCGCUACACCAUCCUGGAUGCGCCCGGUCACAAGGCCUAUGUGCCCAAUAUGAUCGGAGGCGCUGCUCAGGCAGAUGUAGCCGUGCUGGUCAUUUCUGCGCGCAAGGGUGAGUUUGAGACUGGAUUCGAGAGGGGUGGACAGACUCGGGAACAUGCUGUCCUGGCUAAAAACAGCGGCGUCAACAAACUGGUGGUAGUCAUUAACAAGAUGGACGACCCGACAGUCAAUUGGUCCAAAGAGCGAUACGAUGAGUGCGUGGAGAAACUGUCGCCGUUCCUAAAGUCGAAUCGGUACAAUCUCAAGGGUGACGUAGUAUUUAUGCCAGUUUCAGGAUAUACGGGUGCCAACAUCAAGAGCAAGGUCGACCCCAAGGACUGCGAUUGGUACUCAGGACCGACAUUGCUCGAGCGUCUUGACACGAUCCAUAUGACGGACAGGAAGUUGAAUGCGCCUUUCCGUAUGCCGAUCAGUGAAAAAUAUAAGGAUAUGGGAACUAUUGUAGUGGGAAAGAUUGAAGCGGGAUCGAUCAAGAAGGGCGCACACGUUUUGAUGAUGCCAAAUGCUGUUAAGGUCGAAAUCGCUGCUCUGUUUAGUGAACAGGAAGAGGAGAUUCCGAUGGCAGGCGUUGGCGACAACGUUCGACUUCGACUCCGAGGUGUAGAAGAGGAUGACAUCAUGACCGGAUUCGUCCUUUGCAGCCUCAAGCAUCCCGUGCAUGCAGUGACAAAGUUUGAAGCAGCGCUUGGAGUUUUGGACCACAAGAACAUCAUCAGCGCAGGCUACAAUGCGGUGCUCCAUGUUCACACUGCGAUUGAAGAGAUCACCUUGUCAGCCAUGGUCCAUCUGAUCGACAAGAAGACAGGUCGCAAAUCCAAACGGCCACCUCAGUUCCUGAAGAAGGGGCAGCAGGGGGUUGUGGUGAUCGAGACUGGGGGCCUCCUAUGUGUUGAGACGUUUGCAGACUCGCCCCAGAUGGGGAGAUUUGCACUGAGGGACGAAGGGAGGACCAUUGCGAUUGGCAAGAUCACGAAGCUGUAUGGUGUUGAAUCAUCAGCAGCGGAGGGUCAAGCAGGCGCGGCUUAAAAAAAAAAGAAAGAAAAAAAAAAGAGGAAAAAAAAAAGAGUGGUGGGAUGAGAUGGUAGUGUGUAGAUCGAGACGGUGUGCAAAUAAAGGAUCGAUGGAUGGACUUUGGGGACAUGGGUGUCCGUGUAGACCCUGAAUAUGCAGGGAAUGGGCCAGUGCGCGGGCGAUGGCGCACGAACGACAGCAGGAUCCAUUACAUAGUCUACAAACAAUCGUCCGGGAUAAAUUGCUCUGGUUGGCCAAAAAUACUCCAGCCUAUCACGUUCGAGCUCAGUUUGCACUCCACACACUCGCAUUUACACCCAUACUGCACUUACGCCCACACUCAUUCCCCCACUUGCCCACUCCCCACUCCCCACUCCCCACUUCC